AGAUUUCAAUGAAUGUGCGCCUUUGUAUUGCUCUGUUGCAGGUUCAGGUGUCCAUUGCACAUUCGAACUCCGGACUUGUCAUUACCAGCACCAGAUUUACAUAACGUUUUUGAGCCUCUUUGGAGCGGGUCUUCUCAUCGUUACAAUCACCCUACUAUUAAAGAAAGUUAAUAUAUACAACGUAGGAAACUCUAGGUAUGAAGAAAUAAUGCAAGAAAUUAGUACUUAUGUACGAUCAAAGCAAAUUCCGGCGGAACUGCAUCGGAGAAUUGUUCAAUACUAUGAAUUUCGAUUUGAAAUGUGUUACUUUGAUGAGCGUGAAAUACUGAGUGCUCUAUCAACAAAUUUGAGGCAGGAAUGUCUUCUGCAUAGUUGUCGGCGCCUUCUAUUAAAUGUCAGUUUUUUCAAUAACUUACCUGCAUCACUUCUUUUACGUAUCAUGGUCUGCUUACACGCUGAAAUAUAUCUUGUGAACGACGUGAUAAUAAGCGCUGGUACGUUAGAAGAUUCUAUGUAUUUCAUCACAUCUGGAACAGUCGCAGUUUACGGGGCGACUGGAAAAGAGCCACAUUCACCAGUAUGCAUUCUCAUAUUCUCACAUUUGGUGUUUAUUCUCAUGUCAAAUGCUAGGAGAAGUGAAUUAUUUCCGAAAAUGUGUGAACAUUCUCAAGAGAAACGAUAA